ACUCUUAUUUCUACAAAAUAAAGCGCCACCCUUCUCUAUAUUUUAUUAUACCAAUCAUAGAAUUGAAAUAGAAACCACAAAGCGGUUAGGUUCAUCAGGCUAAAAACUCUAGCCUGUGAUUACGUGUACACCAAGAAAAACUAAUGUGGUAGCGUACUACUGUGCACGAUGCUGCAGUGGCACCAUUAUAGUAGUUUGUUCGAUUUUAGUCAUAAAGAGUUUUGGAAUAUUGUCUAUUGUAGAGUAAUUCUAUUUCCUUUGUUGAUAACAUAGUGCAUAAUGACCUUAGCAUUGAAACAGAUGGGUAUAUGUUCUUUAUAUGAACCUUUUCUUGUUUAAGAUAUUUUCAUAAGGAAAUAAAAGUUUCACAACACAGCAAGCAUUUGUCCAACUGCAACAAAGGAGUUGACCGAAUAUUGAACACGAUUAAUAGAGAAUGUUUAAAGCUUCUCGUUUGGUUCUUCUCUUUAUCUAACUUUUAGACGCUAAUGUUCAAAGAGUCAGGCAAUAUAGUUCCUUUAUUCAAUGUUUCAACAUUGUCCAGAAACUAUUAUUUCAACUGCGAAAAAAAUUAUUACCACUUGCUUUCAGAGGGAAAAAAAGUAGAUCUAUCUGAAAAACAGCCAGCAAAUCAGUCAACUAAAGGAAAUUUUCAAGGGAGCUCAUUAAAAACUUUAGCAGAAGAAAGAGGCAAAAAGUUUGAAAAAAAGUUAUAUGACGAAUUAGUUGAAAAAAAUAAAAUAGUCGACGGAAAGAAUGGUUUCAAAGAAGCCCUAGAAAAGGCUGGGCCUGAUAGUUACUUUUACAACCAAGAGUUUACUGUGGACGACACUUUCUAUACCAAAGUUAAUGAGGAUGGUCAAGUAUAUAAAAUAGCAACUUUUAGGCCAGACUUUGUGCAAGUCAUUGAUUCAAAGACCAAUCGAAAGAAGAUACGUAUUAUAGAUGCAAAAUCAUCCAAAAAAAUAGAAGAAAUACAUAAAAUCCAGGUCGUUUCUUAUUGGUUCCUGAUUCAACAUUUGACCAAGCGCAUGAACAUAGAUUUAGACGAAGAAGUGGGAAUAUGGCUACCAAGUGAUAUGGAAAACCCAAAACUAUUCUCCGUUCAUUCAGAAAUCGACGAAGAUAAAAAUCAUACGAUACUCCAAAAAGUUGAAGAGCUUUAUAAAACUACACUACCCAAUAUUAUCAAAAGUGGAAAAUAUAAGUGGGAAUUACAAAAGAAAUGCCGCAAUUGUGAUUAUUAUAUCCAAUGCAAAGAAGGUGCAAAAGGAACUGUGAAGGAUCUACCUUAUAAUAACAAGGAAAGGUACGAACUUUAUGCGAAGCACAUGCCCAAAGAUGUUGAAGAUAUUAAAGAUAUUGAAGAUCUUGUUGGCCGGAUGCAAAAAAUGUGUCUUGAUGAACAAGAUGUUUCUCGACUAAACAUCAGGCUUGAAGGGUAUGUUAAUUGCCGCAAGCCGAACAAAGAGCCAAUCUUUUUUGGACUCCCUACCACCCUUGUUCCCAAUAAUGUUGAAUAUCACAUCUACGUCUCGUUUCUAAAUGACGAUUACACCUAUUAUCCUUAUGCUUUUGCCUUUCAUAUAUCUCCAAGCAUCAAUCUUUCAGAAAAGCUUACAUAUUGCCUUAACGAAAGUUACUAUCAAAAAGACGAUGAACAACGGAAAGAUGCUUUUUGUGAGAUUACAAAAAGAUUUAUCAACGCUCUUCAUUCAAUACUUGAUCAUAUGAAUAGUAGCAAGAACGGACUCUGUUUGUUUUAUGUUUACGAUAAUAACGAAAUGUAUAAUAUCAAGAAUUUUCUCUCUGAAUUGGUUUCUUCUCAAGGAAAGCACUUAACAUCACUAGAAAGCGCAGAAAAAGAAGAAAUAGUCAAGAAUGCUACCAAAUGUUUGGUGGCUCUUUUUCAAGAUGCUACCCUGCUAGAUGUUCCCACCUUAAAAGAAUUUCCGUGCUUGGACAAUGUUAAAAAGAACUUUAUGACUGAGCGAUUUGUUGUCAUUGAACAACUGCUUGAACAGAAUGUUGCCCUUCCAGCUCAAGUUUACUACGAAGUAUCCGAUGCUGUAAAGUACAUGGUAGACCCCAAAGCAGUCGUCCCUGAAUUUAAAAAAGAAUGGGAAGAUUUUUCGAAAAAAAACACAGAUGGUAACCAAUUUGCAAGGGAGACUAAGAAUAAGCAACUUGAACUAUUGAACCAACUUCAUAAGGUCAGGGAAAAAUAUUGGAAGCUAGCAAUUAACAAGACGUCAUCAAUGCCAGAAUUGUUUCCUCUAUCAUGUCCCGACUUCAAAUGGCCAGACACUUUCAGUUGUAAUAAUCAAAUGCUUGCCAGAAUCUUAUACUUUACGAAGUAUAAAAGCCUAUUUGAACAAAGACAGUGUCAAGAAGCUCCUAUUGCUGAUUUAGACAUAAUAUGUGGCUACAAGUCGUCAAAAAAACCAUCAAGCUUGGUUCUUUCGUUUAAAAAGAGAGCAUAUGGUGUUUAUACAUUUGAUGUCGUGAACACAGAAAGUAAAGAUGCUAUAGAAAAAAGGCUAGAAAAACUUGACUACGAUAAAAAAAAUGGUUACAAGUACAUUCUUGUUCCAGACAGAUACAAGGACAUUGUUGAGGCAAUCAAAUAUACGUACGGUUUAGAAACCUAUGAAGAAAACUGGCCAAGAGUAACAAGUGUGGCCAUAGAAAAAUAUACGGUAAAUCUUAAAGCUGACCGUAAAUUUGAAACGCUUGGUGAAAAGUUCCGUUUGUAUAAGAUAUACGAAGGCAAAAACGAAAACAAUUCGUUCAAAAACAUGCUUGAAACAAUAGACGAAGAAACUAAGAAGAGUAUUGACAAUUUAUUACGAAAUCCUAUUAAAUGGUCAAAGGAGCAUCCAUUUGAUAAUAUCAAUUUUAACUCAUCAGAAACAAAGGAACCAUUGGGCAGAUUCAAUUUAUUACGCUCUCAGCAGGAAGUUGUUGACAGCAUUAUGAAAGAACGUCUACAACUCAUUUGGGGUUCAGACGAUGUCAAAAGAGAAUUUUUAGCUCAAUUUAUCAACUGGUAUAUCUCAAACUUUGUCGAAUACAAUCAAUCAAAAAGUCUGGUGAUUGGUGUCGCUGCUAACAGUAAUAAGUCUGUACUAAAGCUUUUACAAGAAGUAGAGGAAAUAAAGAAGCAGAAUAAGUCCGCCAAGUGGCCUUACAUCAUCUAUGCGAAAAAAACCUACCAAAAGCAAGUCAAGGGGUCAGAGAUCAAGUAUACUUCAGAUAUAGAAAAUUUCAGUUUUACAUAUCACCAAAAAAAAGUGUCUGUUGUAGGCGCUAGUUUUUCGAAUUGGGAAUAUGUUAGGAAAUGGAAGGGCUUUUCAAACUGUAGAAUGAUGAUUAUCGAUGAUGGAUCUAUGGCGCAUGUUCAUGAUGCAUUAUUACCUCUUGGGUGUCUUUCAUCUACACGCUGCAAACUUAUUGUUGCGGGAGAUAUCAAUGUAAGCGCAUUAAAACCACAGUACGCAUUCCUUUUUUUUUCACUGACGUGCAUCAUAGUACAAGAAAAAGCCCUUUUCGUAUGGUUAUUAUCAAAAAACUACGGCUGGCAACAGCCCACUUUUAUAUGGCUCUAUUCAACAAUGUCUAACGAGAAAAGAGAAUAAUGCUGUAAUAGAAAUUGAUGGGAAGGAAAAAAACAGAUUGAGCGAUCUUGGUCCUAACACAUUGAAGCUUCGUGACGAAACAUAGGUUUUUCAUUGAUAGCUUGAUAAUUCAUCAAUUCGGGUCCCAAUCUCUACAGCUGGUUAUUCUUAUAUGCCUUAUUUUAAAGAUUAAAGCAAAUAACCAC